CGUUGUGUUCGCUCCCCGGAGCCUAGAGGAUCUCAGGUGAGCGUCGGCGCGGCCCCAACAGCCUCCCCCCAUUUACCCGGCGGACCCCGAGAGGGCUAAAGACUGGCAGUUUCUUUGAAAUUGAGGAACAUGAUAAGGAGUUGGCUGAUUAUUUUUAUCCUUCUUCCCCUGAAGCUCAUAGAGAAAUGUGAGUCGACAGUCGACUUCACUGUUCCUCCCACUGUGAAGCUGGAAAAUGGAAGCUCAGCCAACAUCAGCAUCACGCUUCAGCAUCCAUUAAAUGCAACCUUGGUGAUCACUUUUCAAAUCACAUUUCGUUCAAAAAAUGUUACUAUCCUUGAGCUCCCUGAUGAAAUUGUGGUGCCUCCCGGAGUGACAGAUUCCUCUUUUCAAGUGACAUCUCAAGAUGUUGGACAAGUUACUGUUUAUCUGCACGGAAAUCAUUCCAACCAGACCGGCCCGAGGAUCCACUUCUUGGUCAUCCACAGCAACGUCGUUAGCAUCAUAAACCAGGUGAUUGGCUGGAUUUACUUUGUGGCCUGGUCCAUCUCCUUCUACCCUCAGGUGAUCACCAACUGGAGGCGGAAAAGUGUCAUUGGCCUGAGCUUUGAUUUCGUGGCCCUGAACCUGACAGGCUUCGUGGCCUACAGCGUGUUCAACAUUGGUCUCCUCUGGGUACCCUACAUCAAGGAGCAGUUUUUCCUCACAUAUCCCAAUGGGGUGAACCCCGUGGACAGUAAUGAUGUCUUCUUCAGUCUGCACGCAGUCGCCCUCACCCUGGUUGUCAUGGUGCAGUGCUUCCUCUAUGAGCGAGGCAACCAGCAUGUGUCCUGGCCUGCCAUCAGCUUCCUGGUGCUCUCCUGGGUCUUCGUGCUCAUCACCAUGAUUUUGGCUGCAGUCGGGGUAAUCCCAUGGCUGCGAUUUCUCUUCUGCUUCUCCUACAUCAAGCUCGCAGUGACGCUGAUCAAGUAUUUUCCCCAGGCCUACAUGAACUUUUACUACAAAAGCACCGAGGGCUGGAGCAUUGGUAACGUGCUUCUGGACUUCACUGGGGGCAGCUUCAGCCUCCUCCAGAUGUUCCUCCAGUCCUACAACAAUGAGCAGUGGACACUGAUCUUUGGAGACCCAACCAAGUUUGGACUCGGCAUCUUCUCCAUCUUCUUCGAUAUUGUCUUCUUCAUUCAGCACUUCUGCUUAUACAGAAAGAAACCAGGGCUUCAGGCAGCACACACGGGUUCGGACAGCUGUCCCAGGCAGGAUUGGGUGCUGAACUUGGAGCCGAAGGCCUGGACCUAAGCAACCAGUGUUUCUGGGAGCAGCUUGAAGGACUGACCCCACAGUUGUGAGCCAAGGGUGCUUUGCUGCCACUGCUGUGUUCCCAGAGACCCAAGCAGCCAGGUGGUGUGGCCAGUGGACUCAGAGGUGCUGGUGCUGAUGCUGGUGGCAGAGGGGACAGGACUGAUUGGGGGUUAGGCCUUGGGGGAGGGGGUCCCUUCUCUGAAGGCCACAUGCUCUGAGCAUUCAUCUUCCUGACACUCAUUCUACAUAAUUCAACACCCACAACUGUAAUCACAGGUGGCCCAGGCUAGGGUCUGGUAAAGAAACUGGAUUUCUGAGCCUUGAGGUGCCCAACAGAUUGGUUCUGAGCUACGCUUACACCCAAACCCUCUGGAUCUUUAUCACACUACCCCCUUUUGGAUUUUUUGGAGGGAUGUUUUGGAAGUGAGUGGCUUAAUUUCUUCACCUUCUGCCUACCUCUACUUUCCCAGAGUCAGGGACCCUAUGUACCCCUUCAGCUGCUCCUUAUCUUGUGUCUGAGUAUAGGACACGUGUGCGCAUGCACACACACACACCAUUCUGUGCCUUAGAGGCCAUAAGACCUGCCAAAUGGUGAGAGUAGCUCCCCUGUAGGGGAGGGCUGGCCCCCUUCCUUCACUUACCCCAGACACCUUCCUGAGACUCACCAAUUUUUUGGCUAUUCAGGAGCCUCACCUAAGGACUUGAGACGACUUCACAUAGUCCUCAUGGGCCCAACCCUUAUUCCAAACCUCUUUCCCUCUUUUCCCAGGCAGCUAUCCUUCCUGUGGCAGGAAGGGAGGGUCCCAGGAUGUGCCUUGUCAGCUCACUCUCAGACUUUUUACUACGAGACUAAUGAGGUGCUUAUAUCCUUAAUUAAAACCUGAUUUGUUUCCUUUCUGCACACGGAGCAUUUUGCCAGAUGUGGGAGGACAGGUGUG